GGAAACUCACUCUCCUCAGUCCUCAGUCCUCACCAAACCAAAUGCUUCCCACACUGUUCAGUAUUCAACACAUUCAUCAACAACGAGGAGAAAAAUACAAUCAUGCUCACUAUCCAAAGCUAAACACGAAAAUGGUCCCUACUCCUUUUACUAGAUUCUCUGUAGUAAUUUUAAUUAGUACUAUCAUAGAUUUAUUAUAUUAAUCAACAUCACUUUUGCAAAGAACAAUAACGAGCGAGUGAGAAAAAGAUAAAUAUUCCCCCAAUUGCAAGUAGUCGUUGCAAUUCUUCAACUCAUUAAUGAUAGCUUCCCCCCCUUUACUUAAACCAAACCAAGGCUCAUCUUCCCACACCACUAUACUACAUUCCUCCUCUCUGCAACAACACAGCGUCUAUUUUACCUUCCCCAGAAAAAAAUCUUUGGCUUUUCCCUCACCCACAUUGUUUUUUUCUGGUUAUUCUAGCUUUGUGGCUUCAUCUCAAACCCACACACCUCGUUCCAGGUGGAGAGAAACCCAGUAGCCAACAAAGCCAAAAAAAACAAACAUGGUUUAGUGAUCAUUAUCAAGCCUCCAUUUCAACUCACCCAGAAGAAAAAAAACACAUUUUUCCUCAAUAAACAGCCAAAUCAAAAUGCCCAUUCCACUGUUAGUUUUGUCCAUGUCCAUGGCAUUAUUCAGUGUAUCAAGCGCAGCGUUCUCACUCCAACCCGGAAUCUGCUACGGGCAACUCGGCGACAACCUUCCACCGCCGCGAGACUCAGUCUCACUCCUAACCUCCCUCCACGCGAAGCGCGUGAAGCUCUACGACGCGAACCCAACGAUCCUCCACGCGCUCGGCGACACGCGCCUCCAAGUCUCGGUCAUGGUCCCGAACGAACUCAUCGUCAACAUCUCCUCCAACCAAACCCUCUCCGACAAGUGGGUCUCCGACAACGUGGUACCCUUCCACCCCCGCACCCGCAUCCGCUACCUCCUCGUCGGCAACGAAAUCAUCUCCUCCACCCCCAACCGCACGUGGCUCCGCCUCGUCCCCGCCAUGCGCCGCCUCCGACGCUCCCUCAAAGCCUUCGGCCUCCGCAGAAUCAAGGUCGGAACCCCCUCCGCUAUGGACGUCCUCCAAACCUCCUUCCCCCCCUCAAACGCUGCGUUUCGUCAAGACAUAGCGGGCCCCGUCAUGAGGCCCAUGUUGGAGUUUCUCAACCGGACCAAAUCGUUUUUCUUCGUCGACGUUUACCCUUUCUUCGCUUGGGCCUCCGACCCGGUUAAUAUAAACCUCGACUACGCUUUGUUCCGAUCUAAAAAUAAAAACAUCACGGUCACGGAUCCGGGUUCGGGUUUGGUUUACACUAACCUCUUUGACCAAAUGGUUGACGCGGUUUAUUUCGCCAUGGAGAGGCUCGGGUUUCCGGGUGUUCGGAUCUUCAUUGCGGAAACGGGUUGGCCCAAUGGGGGAGACCUUGACCAGAUUGGAGCGAAUAUUUACAACGCUGCCACUUACAAUCGGAACUUCGUGAAAAGGGUUAUGACGAAACCGUUUGUGGGGACCCCGGCUCGACCGGGUUUUCUUCUUCCGUCUUUUUUGUUCGCUUUGUUUAAUGAGAACGUGAAACCGGGUCCGGGCACGGAGCGGCACUUCGGGUUGUUGCACCCGAACGGGUCGAGGGUUUAUGAUAUUGAUCUGUCCGGGGCGACGCCGGAGUCGGAGUUCCGGCGGCUUCCGGCGCCGGAGAAUAAUGAGAAGUUUAAGGGGAGGAUUUGGUGCGUGGCGGCGCGGCGGGGUAACGCCACCGCGCUGGCGGCGGCGCUCUCGUACGCGUGCUCUCAGGGAAAUGGCACGUGCGACCCGAUCCAAGAUGGUGGGAAGUGUUUUAAACCCGAUUCGCUCUUCUGGCAUGCGAGCUAUGCGUUUAGUUCGUAUUGGGCGCAGUUAAGGAAGGGUGGCGCAACUUGUUACUUCAAUGGACUCGCUACGCAAACAGCAAAGGAUCCAAGUUAUGGAUCUUGUAAGUUCCCAAGUGUGACAUUGUGAAGGAGGAAUCAAACAAACCGAUGAUAUGAUGAUUAUUUCAUUUGAGAAUUUGGACAUUGGGGAAUUUGAAUUUGGGGUAACCUUUUUACUGUGGUUUAUAAUGUUGAUGAUGUCAGUUUCAUGAAUGUAUGUUCCUCCUAUAGGUUGCAUACGAACCCACUAAGGAGGAACUUACAUUGGUGAAUGAUUUUGACCGGAUCGCCAUAAUUUGACAUCAUGUUGGUAGAAUAAGUGAUGAGGUGCAAUGUUUUCAAAUUAUUAUUUGCACAAUUUAUCUUCUUUUGGUUGGCAAGUUAGAGGAUGACCAUUUUAUGUAAUACUAGCUCUUUGCACAUCGCCAUUAUUUGAUAUCAAUAUCAUGCUGCUAUAGAACAAGUGAUAAGGUGCAAUGUUUCUAUUUUUUACUCAACUUUCAUUGCUUUUUAUUGGCAUUGUAGCAUACGACGAGUAUUUGAUGUAAUAGUUCUUGACACGAUCAUUCCCACAACUUGAUCACUUCUAUUU